GGGCCACCCUGCAGAGCUCCUCUCUGUGAUGCUUGGCCUGCGCUGAACCAAACCCCUCCGUCAGGGCCCUUUGCUACAGAUAUGGCUUGGUUUCUCUGUCUGUGUGUGCUUUUUGCCGUGCUGCUGGCUCUGUUAGCGCUGCAGUUGAAGCUCAGGAUGUCUGCACGUCACCCCCAGGAGCUCCCCCGUCUCCCAGCGCUGCCUCUGAUCGGCAGUCUGCUGAGUCUGCGAAGCCCGCACCCUCCCCAUGUGCUUUUUAAAGAACUGCAGGAGAAAUACGGACAGACGUACUCUCUGAUGAUGGGCUCCCACUGUGUCAUCAUUGUCAACCAGCACACACAUGCCAAAGAAGUCCUGCUGAAGAAGGGAAAGAUAUUUGCAGGAAGACCCAGAACUGUAACCACAGAUGUUCUGACCAGAGAUGGGAAAGACAUUGCAUUUGGAGACUACAGCGCUACCUGGAGAUUCCACAGGAAAAUAGUCCACGGAGCUCUGUGCAUGUUUGGAGAGGGCUCUGCCUCUAUAGAGAAGAUCAUCUGUGCAGAGGCCCAGUCUCUCUGCUCCGUCCUGUCUGAGGCAGCAGUUGCUGGACUGGCCCUGGAUCUGUCUCCUGAGCUGACUCGGGCCGUCACCAAUGUCAUCUGUUCGCUCUGCUUCAACUCCUCAUACCGCAGAGGAGACCCAGAGUUUGAGGCCAUGCUUCGCUACAGCCAGGGCAUCGUAGACACUGUGGCAAAGGACAGCCUGGUGGACAUCUUCCCCUGGUUACAGAUUUUUCCUAAUGCAGACCUGUGUCUUCUAAAGCAGUGUGUUGCAAUCCGAGACAAACUUCUACAGAAGGAAUAUGAUAAACACAAGGCAGACUACAGUGACCAUGUGCAGAGAGACCUGCUGGACGCUCUGCUGAGAGCCAAGCGCAGUGCUGAGAACAACAACACUGCAGAGAUCAGCGCAGAGUCUGUGGGCCUCAGUGACGACCACCUCCUCAUGACUGUAGGUGACAUCUUUGGGGCCGGCGUGGAAACCACCACCACCGUGCUCAAGUGGGCCGUCACCUACCUCAUCCACAAUCCACAGGUGCAGAGGCGUAUCCAGGAGGAGCUGGACAUUAAGGUGGGGGGGGACCGGUCCCCCCAGCUCAGUGACAGAGGCAGUCUGCCCUACCUCGAGGCGACCAUAAGGGAGGUGUUACGGAUCCGCCCCGUGGCCCCUUUGCUCAUCCCCCAUGUGGCCCUCAGCGACACCAGCAUCGGGGACUUCACCGUGAGGAAAGGUACUCGAGUCAUCAUCAACCUGUGGUCUCUGCACCAUGAUAAGAAGGAAUGGAAAAACCCUGAGCUCUUUGACCCUGGUCGGUUCUUGAACAGUGAAGGCACAGGUCCGAUCAUCCCGUCGCCCAGCUACCUGCCGUUCGGCGCCGGGAUCAGGGUGUGUCUCGGCGAGGCCUUGGCCAAGAUGGAGCUCUUCCUCUUCCUGUCGUGGAUCCUACAGCGCUUCACCCUCUCUGUCCCACCAGGCCACCCUCUGCCCAGUCUGGAGGGCAAGUUUGGUGUGGUCCUUCAGCCGGCCAAGUACAAGGUGAACGCCGUGCCCAGACCAGGCUGGGAGAGAAACAAGUGGCGUGCAUGUUGAGAUCUGCCCCGUGUUCUCGACAGUAGUGGCUCUCAUUUGUGACCUGGGAGGCUUUUUUUUCCAACCAAACACAAAACAGGCAGAUGAUCAAGCGUGCAGUAGUGAACUGGACAUAUAAUAUUUCUUUGUAUUUCUUGACAGUGUAAAGCAAUCUCAACUAACAGUUCCGAACAUUAUUUAUAAAUAAAACUUUGGGUCUAACAUACAGUAUUUGAACAAGUUCUCCUUAUUGCCAUGAAAUACAAAAUCUCAGGCUAGAGGAUGGCCUACGUACCAGUAGUUCUAUAUUUAAUAGGAAACAAACUACAACAUAACUCUGAUCCCUGUAGAUGCCAGAAUCUUUGGGGUAAAGACUAAAUACAUAUAUUCUGCAGUUAAGCAUCAUUUAACGUGUGUCCAUUGAGCUGCAGUAAAAAACAACAAUACAUUAUAGAGCACACUGACAUUAGUAACUCCACCUUCCACUACAGGAAGGCAGCAUAUCUGUAGCUUACCUAAUUUAAAAUUUUUAUUAUAAUAUAAUAUUUAUAAUCUAUGACCAGGACAUUCUAAGAUUACAUGAUAAAAGAGCCUGUUGCACAAUAAUAAAAUACUAAUAAUACUAAUAAUUUUAUUUAGAUGGUACCUUCCAAAAACAAAGUACAAAUAACGAAACAAAAAAAACAAACUUCAGUUUUUUAAGAUAACAUUACUUAAGGUAGAACAAAGCACAAUCAUGCUUUUUUUAUAACUUUAAUAUUCCUAGUUUUUUAAAUGAAUAGUUGUAGAAAAAUAUUUUACGGUAAAAUUAUUUGGUUAAUGAUCCUCCACAAAACCAAAGAUGUAGACUUCUUGAAAAGCCACAGCGUCUGCCUUAUCACACGUAGCUCUGGAAAUAAAGACUGUCACCAAAUCUGAACUGGAUGUUCACAGAGAGGUUUUGCAUUCAAGCCUUUAAAAAGCAGUGACAUCUUAAUAUCAGUUUUAAAACUCACAGGUUACCAGUGGAGGGCAGCAAGGAUUGGUUCUCUGAGAAGGUGUUAGAGGUCCAGCAGCAACAUUUUGUACAAGUUGCAGUCUUUGGAUGGUCAGGUGGAUUUGGAGAACCUUGCUGUUCCAGCACACACUCCCAGGGAGGAAACUCCUCACUACAAUAGAUCAAGGAGACACAAAUUAGCUGAAAGAACGUGUUCUCCGGACUAACAAAAACAGUUGACGUUCACAGGCAAGUCUCUUCCUUUCUAUGGCGCCAUUUGUUUUUUAGAUCUCACCAAACCUUCAACCUACGGUAAUACAGUAUUUAAGUAAUUCAUUUAUAUAAAAGUACAGAGGUAUUGUCAGUGAAAAUGAAAAGCACUCAUUCUACAGAAAAUUGUCCUCUGUGACUGAUGCAUUAUUGUUAAUACUGAUGCAUCAAUGUUAGAGCAGCAUUUUAGUUGUAGGUAGAGGUGGAGCUAGUUUUAACUACUUUAUAUACACUUAGCUAGUUUAGUCUAGUGGUUACCAACCUAUGGGUUGGGCCCCUACACAUUGUCACAAGAUAAGUGGGAGAGGUUGUGUAAUGAUGAAUGGGGAGGAAUAAAAUCUGUUACAUAUUUAUAUCCAUUUUUGGCCUUUGCUUUUUUUCUGAAAGACCCUCAUACAGUUUUUUAAGUGAAAACCAUGUGAGAGGUUUAGAGGGAGGAUAUGUCUUUGGUGGAACUGUGUACAGCUCAUAGACAUCCGAAACAUGACAAGGGGCCACAACUAGACAACAUUUGUAAAGGCUCACAAGCCAAAAGAGCUGGGAACCUCUUCAUUGUAAUCUUUAACAAUGUAUCCUAUAAGCUAAGCUUUAUAAGUGUGUGUGUGUGUGUGUGUGUGUGUGUGUGUGUGUGUGUGUGUGUGUGUGUGUGUGUGUGUGUGUGUGUGUGUGUGUGUUUGAACAUGUAACUUGUAACUAUAACUGUCAAAUAAAAGCAUUGCAGUAAAAUGUA